GUAAAACAAUAGUCUGUCUUGAUAUCAAAGUGAGUUCAGGGUCUUCCUCUUCUCCAUCAUCAUUUAUUUAUAUUAUCCCUCUUUUCUUCUCCAGCUUGUCAUUCUUUCAUCCAACCAACAACCCCUUUCACGGUACCCUUUUUUGCCUCUCUCCUGGACCCACCAGUAAUCGAUCUCGCCCAAGCAGCUGAUCCACCGUCAGGAGUUCCUCCAUUUCCAUCAGCGUCAUGGAUGCUACAAAGACACAGAGCAUCAGUACUGAAGCCGAGACUAAUGAAGCCGUCAAUGCUCCCGAUGUAGAAGGUGGUGAGGACCAUACCGCCACGGGAAAGCCAUGGAUGUAUAAGCCCAUCAAGAUCGGCCCGCUAGUGCUGCCUUGGUUUGCGUCGCCUGAGACUCAGCUGGUGUUGGUCGCAUUCGUCUGUUUUCUCUGCCCGGGCAUGUACAACGCUGUCAGCGGUCUUGGAGGUGGUGGCCAGGUGAACAUGCGCGAUGUCAGUGAUUCAAAUACGGCUUUAUACAGUACCUUUGCAGUCGUCGGUUUCUUCGCCGGUUCCAUUGCCAAUCGGAUCGGUCUCAAGUUGACCCUUUCCUUGGGCGGCUUUGGCUACUUUCUAUAUGUCGCGUCGCUUCUGUCCUAUAACCACAACCAGAAUGCUGGUUUCUUGAUCUUUGCAGGCGCCCUGCUUGGUGUUUGCGGUGGACUGCUCUGGUGCGCUCAGGGCGCCGUCAUGAUGAGCUACCCACUGGAAAAUGAAAAGGGAAAAUUCAUCUCCAUUUUCUGGGUAAUCUUUAAUCUCGGUGGUGUCAUUGGAAGUCUGAUCCCCCUGGGUGAAAAUAUGCAUUCCACUGUGGGCAGAGUCAAUGAUGGAACUUACAUCGCCUUCAUGGUUCUUAUGGCGGCUGGCUUCAUCCUCGCUUGGGGCCUGACAGAGUCCAAGUACAUCAUGCGUCGGGAUGGAUCUCGUGUCAUCGCUAUGAAGCAUCCCACCUGGAAGUCUGAAUUCAUCGGUCUACUGGGGACGCUGCGUAGCGACUACUACAUCAUCCUGAUGUUCCCCAUGUUCCUGGCCAGCAAUUGGUUCUACGCGUAUCACUUCAACAGCGUCAAUGGGGCCUAUUUCAACAUCCGCACCCGGUCGCUCAACAGCCUGCUUUACUGGCUUAGCCAGAUGAUCGGCGCUCUGCUCUUCGGCCAGACCCUCGACUUGAAAUGGUUCUCACGUCCUGUCCGAGCUAGGAUCAAUUACUUUCUUCUGCUGGCAGUCACCAUGGGAAUCUGGGGCGGAGGCUAUGCUUUUCAGGAGCAGUAUACUCGUGAAACGGUGAAGGCAACAAAGGAUUUCACCGAUAGCGGCUACGUCGGACCCAUGUUCCUCUACAUGUUCUAUGGAUUUUACGAUGCUGCCUUCCAGACAUGCACUUAUUGGUUCAUGGGCUCUCUCUCCAACAACAGCCGCAAGCUGGCGAACUUCGCCGGAUUCUACAAGGGUAUUCAGUCUGCAGGUGCUGCAGGAAUGUGGCGCAUGGACGCGCAGAAUGCAAGUUUCAUGACCGAAUUCGCUUCCUGCUGGGGCCUCCUUAUGGGAAGUCUUGUAAUUGCAGCGCCUAUCAUCUUCUUCAAAGUCAAGGAGCAUACUGAUGUCGAUGGCGAUCUCCAGUUCUCCGAUGAGACCCCUAUGGAAGUCCUGGGUGUUGAUACCGCUGACAAGGAUCAGAUUGAUUCACAGCCGGCUUGUGAGAGUGAGAGUGUAACAGCGAAAUAAAUACUAGCAUCUUCGGAUUGGGACUUACAUGGGCGAUGAAGCGGGAUUCUAUUUAUUGGACUUGUCUUGUUCGGCUGGAUUUAAUUUAUCUCGUCUUAACCGGAGUCAGGCGCAUCUGGAGCUCUGGGAAUGGUGAACGGCAUCUACCUGGUCUUUACAUUGUGAUCUAUGCAUUGGAGAAGGCACAUGAGAAUUCCAAACUGAAUAUUGCGACAAUCAAUGAUAUCGAGCUACACAAAGUUCAUCUACACAUUGACCUAGAUAUGACAGAAGAAUCAUUGGAAAGCAAAUCGAUAGUUCCGAAGCAAACCAAAAAGCCUACUUAGCCUAUCUAAUAAUUCAUUCAUUUAUUACACGG